UACGUACCUGUGCGUUCUCAGCAAUCGUUCGGGGCUGCAGCAAGGCAGCUUGGCAUUUUUUGGGGAGCCCCCACGAAAGUUUUUGUUUUCCCCCGUACGGUACAACACCAGCUCCAGGUGGUGGGUGAAACAACAGUCCGCUUCCGCAGGAUCAGCAAUCAACGCACGCGAAAGGAGGUGUGCAUCUGUGCGUGCAAAAAGCCCGGCCGCAACGCAACGCAAAAGUUGACACCAUCACGUACCCGCUGCAGGUAACAAAACCGUCCGAGCAAGGAGAGCAAGCAAAUAGAUGCAACGAACGAACGUAGCGCCCAGACAGUAAACACGAACGCGGAAGGUUUCUUUUUUUUAUCUGGCGCACCGGAUUAACGUUCUUUUAACGUAUACACACACACACACUUGCUCGACGUAAUAAAAAACAAGCAAUUAAAAGGCGAACAACGAUGCCGGAAAGUGGACCCGUGUACCAGCCGACGACGGUCUCGUUCGAGGCCCGUCCGAGCGCGGGCGGACUGCUGGCCCAAACUACGGCCGUCUCGUCGAUGAAGAUGCUGCGCAAACCGGCCAUCCAGCUGUCGAUACUGGUGUUCGGCUUGAUCAUGUUUGCCACAGGAAUCGCACUGGUUGCUAGCGGCUCGGCAGACUACUCCGAUGCGGAGCAGCACCCGGAAAUCAACCCGGAGGGCAAGGUGCAGGAGGAGCGCAUCGACGUCGGGCUGAUCGUGACCGGGGCAAUCAUCACGCUGUUCGGAAUCGUUUUCCUUGGACUUUACGUGAAAGUGGCGGACUGGCGCCGCAGCUGCGUCUGCCCGUGCGUGCUGUCGAAAAAGCAGGGCCUGGCCCGGCAGCUGCAGGGCAACGGGGGCGGCCAGAUACUGGCGCUCAACCCGAGCACCGACCCGCUGGUGUCGCACACGCAGUACGCACCGGUGUCGGAGAUACCGACGCGCCAGGAGGACGAGGAGCGGCGGAACCUGAUGCCGGACAGCAAGGACUCGUGCAUGAGCAGCGCGGAGGAGUCGGACCGGAUGCUCGAUACGGAUCCGCGGAUUGUGCUCCGGCCGAUCGGGAGCACGCUGGAGGAUGCCUAAAACACAGCGAGGGGCACAAGGCUAGGCCGACCGCUACAAAACACCGAUGAUAGAGAUGGGCCGAGAGAGCAAGGGAGAGAAAGAGAGGUAGGAAGAGGACGAUCUAGAGGCGAUGUGGUGGGUAGGGCGACGGAGUAGGAAGCCUCGAGCAAGCCACGAGAAGUGUGGUAAGUGAAUUUUGGAUGUGUGUGUGUGUGCUAUUGUAUUAUGGAUAGGUAGAUGGGGAAAACGGGGAAAGGAAAGGCGUUAAAGGCGUUUAACGAUGCUGCAUUCCCUCCCAGGUUGCCCUUGCAUGCACGCAAAAGAUUUUGUUGCAAACAGUUACAUCAUCUAAUGCCCACACACACACACACACACUAAUGUGUGCACACAAGGCAUCACGGAGUUUAGUCGAAUUUAGGGUACAAUUCGUAAGAAAGAAGAAAAAAAGCAUUCAUUAAUGUGCAUUUGCCAGCUACAUCCAUUCUUUAAAAAAAACACACACACAAAAGUAUUGCUUUAGUAUGUAAUAACAAACUGGGCGCUAUUUUCGAACUCACGGUGGCUAGUCGCGCUCGUGCAAAGCGGUUGAAGGUUAUAGUAUUUGCUUUUUUUUUGAUAUUAUUAUUUAUAUGCGGUGGAGCAGUUAUAGGAAUAGUACCUAGACAUAUCUUCUUUAUCUUUUUUUUUCAAUUAAAGAAAGCGAUGUGUGCGCUUCUUUUCCUCUCACAGACACACAACACGUUCCAACAUUCUGUUCGUCUAAGCGAACAGUUAAGCCGUCUGUUAGGUAUGGUAACAAUUAUCUCUCUCUCUCGCUCUUUUUUUUUGCACUGGACUACAUUUACAUUUAAGAAAGCGGCAGCAAACGCAAGAGAGAAGCAACUUAAUCAAGCAAAACAAAAGAGGAAGAAGAAGAAAAAACGAUGUACCUUACCCGCACUCUCUCACUCAUACUUACGUUUUCGUACUUUAAUUUAGCAGCAUGCCGUAGUUAGCUUUUACAGCGUUUUCCAGGAGUUCUCAUAGUUGUAGGACACUUCCUUGACUCUUUCGUAUGUGAUAUGAACUUCAUAUGAUAGAAAUUGGACUCUAUUGGCAUCAUUUUUUGGAUAAACCUCUUGGAAACUGCUAUUGGAUUUGUCCAAUAAGUGUGCUAUAGAGUCCAAUUCCCAUUACAUUAAGUUCAUUUCACUUAAGAAGGAGUCAACAAAGUGUCCAACAGCUAUGAGAACUCCUGGAAAACCCUGACUUUUUGUCUCUCUACACACACACCGUGCGAAUGCACAUCCGUGUAUGCUUUUGUUUUGGCAGGGCAGCUCCUCCAGCUACAGUCGAACAUUUUCCCAUAGGAAGAAGGAACCGUCCAAGAGUGCGCACUGGCGCAAAUGCAGGCGCUUUUUUUUAUUUAUCAUAAGCCAACAUUGAAUCCCUCCAGCCGAGGUAGAACACACACACAGGUGUGUUGCAACGCACUGUGAAAGCCAGCUCUGUGCAUAGAAAGGCCUAAUCUUGCGGGUGGUUGUAAGGGGUGUGCAUAGGCUUCUUUUUUCUCGAGUACGGUGUGGAUAGUUUGUUUUUUUUUUUGAGUAAUUUUCCAAUUUAUUUUUAUAAAACAAAGAAUGUGUUAAGAGCGUGCAAGUGCCACUUUUAAAAACUGCACAGGAUACAGUAUUCCCCCCCCUCCCCCCCCGGCCGUGUAAGACCGUAAUAUAAUAUCAGCGCGAAAAGAAGGAAGGAAGCCGCCUGGCCCGUGGUAACAAAAUACGAACCCAUCCUGCAAGAAAGGCUAGGAGAUAGGACGCGGUACACAUUUUUAAAAAAUAAAUCUCUUAAUAAAUAGGAUAUAGUUAACGAUAAACCAUAA